AUGAAUAGUUUAACUAUUGGUGAUAUUGUUCAGAAUUCAGUACAACGUGCUAUUGUCUGUUGGCUUGGCUUUAUCGAAGAAACACCGAUAAUCGGUUUGCAAUUGAUUGAUUCGAUAUUGCCUGGAUAUACUGAUGGUACUUGUCCGUUUGAUAAUAAGCGUUAUUUUAAUUGUCCAAAAGGACAAGGUUAUUAUAUCUUAGAAUCUGGUUUUACUGAUUCGUACAAGAUUAUUGAAAAGAAGAUCGAUAUUAACAGGCUUACAACUUCCGAUAAUGAAUUCCACGACGAAAAACAAUCUUUGUCAACAUCCCCAGUCAAUAUACCCAUAACUCAACAACCAAUUCGAUCAUUUUCUUCACCAGCUAUAUCUCAAAUUGAACCUAAUUUAGAUAAUAAUCAUGUGAUAUCACCAUCACGUGGUGUUCUUAGUCGAUUAACAUCCGAACGAGAACAACGAAGAAUUCAAAUGACUUUAUCGACAACUGAUGAUAAAGAUUCAAUCAAUCAAACAUCAUCCAUUGAAUCAGAUCCAACAUCAUCACGAAUAUAUCGUCCAGAAAAUUACAGAUCAACAUCCUAUGAUAAACCUGAAGAAUCACAACUGGGUGAAUUAACAUUACAUGAUAAUGACAAUGAAAAUAAGAACAAUUGCCAUUUAGUUCAACCAAUAAAUGAUAACGAUCAAUCAUUAUCCACACAGAGUUUACCUGUAUUUGGUCAAGAAUACUUUCUCGAUACUUGGACACUUAGUCGUAUAAAAUCUUUAUUAGAAAAUCAAAUUCCUAUAUACAAUCAAUUAUGUUUAAAUAUAUUUGAUGAUCAAUGUAAUGUACAAAGUUUAAUCGAUGAACAAAUUACUGGAUGUGAACCUCAUAUACCUACUCAACCACCAAAUGAUAUUCGUAUUGAACUUAUUAAAUUAUUCGAUCGUGUUGAAAUAAUAUUUCCAUCACGUGCUAUUCGUUUAUAUGAUAAUGAUUAUUUAUUAUUAGCUAUAUUAUGUUCAAAUAAUCAAUGUGCUUAUAUACGAACAGCAGUUGGUUGGGCAUAUACAGAUGAUGAAUGUGAUCAUGGACAAUCAAUUGUUAUUGAUGAAGUUUCACAAAUGAUUGAUGAUUCAAAUAAUUAUAUCGAAAUAAAUUCUGAACAAUGUCUACAUGUACUUAAAAAUGCUUCAUUUUUAUAUUACAAACUUGUUGAAUAA